AUGUCUGAAUUGGACUUUCGAGUAAUUGAAGUAAACAAACAGAAUGAUUUCGAUGAAAUCCCCCCGCAGCUUCUCGUCACCAAAGAAUGGAUUUCUGAAAGAGACUGUGAAUUCCCGCAGACCCUCUUGAUUGAAACAAGGCGAAGGGCUAACGUUGAGAAACUUCAGAUAUUGGUUCACAAUUCUUAUAUUCCUCGCAAAGUAGUGAUCGAAACAAAUCGAACCUCGAUUCUGCAAAGCGAUGAUAGGAAACAUUUCACCAAAUUAGGAGAGGUAUCCUUUAAAGAAAAGAAAUCAUCAGCGACAAAACACGAACUAAAAACGGUUUAUAUGGAUGAAAAAUUGUCGCGAAUUCGUUUAAAAAUCGAUGAAAGCUAUGUGAAUCGAGUCUCUAAUCCAUAUAAUCAAGUUGGCCUCAUCCAAUUGAAAAUUUUUGGAUUAUAUGUGCCCGAUGAACCUGAGAACUUCUCGUUUAAAUAUAUUGAUGAAAGACAGAAAAUUGGGGAUGCCGAGGGUGGUUUGCACUCAUCAAGUGAAAUUGUUGACAAUAAAUAUACUGAAGAGUUACUUGAGUUGGGAAGAAUUCUUGAAAAAAAUAAGAAACGAUGUGUACAGGAAGAGAAUUUCAAAAAAGCAAAAGAAGCUCAGCUUUCUCAAAGAUUACUAAAAAAAGCGACAAAAGAAAUGGAAGAGCUUGAAAAGGAUAAAAAUGCUGCUAUUCAAGAUGAAGAUUUUCAAAGAGCUCAAGAUCUGAAAGAUGAAAUGAAAACGCUCCGAGGAAAUGUUUUAGCAUCAAUAGACCCGCGAUUUCUGGAAUAUGUGCCGAAUGAUCCAGGUCCCUCAUCAUUGCCAGAGACACCCGGAAAACCGUCUCCUUUAUAUGAUCACUCUGGGACGGCAAUUCCUCCACCAAAACUUUUUAAACCAAUCGAACUUUCCCCAAGAAACUCUGUUCAAAAUCCCCCAAUUCUUCGCGUCAGUCAGCCGACUCCUCUUUCACAUUCACUUCCAUUUCUUUCAACUGCUGCUAGUGAUCCGUUUCCUCCUACUCCUAGAGAAGAUCGAGAAAAAUUAAGUUUUUCUCCACGAGAGCCUACCCCAAAACCAAAAGGAGAUUUACCGAUUAGAUCGCCUGUUGGAAGUAGGUCGCCAAAACCACCAACUGCUCCGAUCCGAAGUCCCACUCCUAUAAAGAGUCCAGUAAGAACCCAGCAAAGAGGAACGAGAUCCCCUCCUUCUCACUCAUCGAGUCAUCGGAGACCUCCGAGCCUUGAUUCCCCUGUUGAUUUCAGGAGGCUGCCGACAACGGCUCAAUCUCCGGACCAUGAUUACUAUGAGACCAAGCGUCCAGCUACUAGAGAGUCUUACAUUCCUGCAGGAAGUUUGGAAAAGCCGCGAACAAGAACUGGAUCGAAUCGGUUUUAUGAAAAGGAAAAUAUGGUUGUCCCAGCUGCACUACGAAACCGCCGAUCAUCAGAUCCGGAAAUGCAUAGGAGGCCAAAUGAUCAUCGCGAGGACAAAAGUGGUCAUAACGAGCAUGGAUUUCUCGAAGCAGUCCAUCCAUCUGACAGAUCUACUGCACAAAGAUCAAUACAAAAAUUCGGCCUCUCCACCGUGCAAAAAAUUUAUUCGAAGGAUUACAAUAAAAGAAGGGAUGGUCUUACUGAGUUGCAGAAACGUUUGGAGGAUUAUAGCGGAAAGGGUAGCAAAUCAUCAGAAGCUCUCGAUGCAGCCCUCCCAUUACUGACACGAUGCCUUCGAGACGCACUUUAUUCGGUUUAUUCUUCUGCUUUGGAUGUGUUUCGGUAUAUUGGACAUGAUUUUAUCCCAGAAAGCCAACUUGAAAAAUCGGCUCCACCAAAAAUGGCUACCGCUUGUGCAGAACCACUCAUCUCCGCUCUCGGGAACUUGGCAAAGGAUCAACGAUUUGUCUCCGAGACAGAAGAUGUCCUGACUGAUGUUCUUUCUACCGAUCCCAAGAUGAAUAAAGCCUUCAUGGCAAAAUUCCUAGCCCCAUUCGAGUCAGGAACACAAAAAAGUGAUCGUCCGAGGGCUCGCAUCGUUCUGCAGCAAGCUGCUCAAUAUGAAGUGCCCAACGAUGAGGCUGGCUUCAAUGAAAAGCCAAUUGCUCGAUUUUCAAUCAGCGCUAUGAAGCACUCGGAUUCAGAAGUCAAAAAUAUCGGCAAAGAACUUUUCUUGAUGACAUAUGAGCAUGGAGAUCGAAAAACACUACGUCGCUUACUUCCGGAUGACACCCCAUCAACUCGGAAUCCUGUUUACCGCCAACUACAUGGAGAGAUUAAAGAAAUUGAUGGAGAGGAACGAGAUAACAGUAGAAGAAGUAACACGAGAAAUACUAGGAAUACAAGAGAUGGACGCGAUACAAGGAAUACGAGGACUUCAAGUUCAACAGGUGCAAGAGACGAGUCAAGGGAUCAACGUAAAACGUCUUCAUCAACACAUAGAGGCAGUACAUCGGCGGAUGGAAAUCGUGGCAGGAGUGCAGAAAGAGGAAGGAGAGCUUCCGAAAAGAAACCACUCAAAAGCAACCUGAGACCACCAAGAAUAAAAGACGAUAGUGAAGAGAUUGAUUUGGAUAAAGUGUGCAUGUUUUGUGGACAAUACAAUGAUGAAUGGAACAGUGGAGAAAAAUUUGAUGCACAUUAUCUCAAUGAUUGCCCAAUGCUGAGAAAAUGUGAUAAAUGUAAUGAGGUUUUGGAAAUUAGUUCUCUCAAAGAGCACUACUUAUUGGAAUGUGUUGGAAAAGACUCGUAUCGACAAUUGUCAAUCACUCUCAAGUAUAUUUACAGUGUUUCCCAAGAACUCCCAAGCAGGCCGAUGUAUUCUCUGUCA